UCCCAGCAUCUCAUAACGCGCAGCUCCCGUUGCUCUAGGUGAAGCUCAACUCACUCACGAGCUUCAGAAUGAAGCAGGUGUCCAACAUGGCGAACACGAGCAACGGAUCUCUCGCUACUCUCCUCAUUUUAUUCACCAUUUCGGCAGCUAUCUAUACAGGAGCUGCUCAGUUCCCAGUCCAAAGCCAGAAUCUCAUAGCGGACAACGUCUCUGUAGUGGAGGGGGAGACAGCCACCAUAAGCUGUCGAGUCAAAAACAAUGACGACUCCGUCAUCCAGCUCCUCAACCCCAACAGACAGACCAUCUACUUCAAAGAUGUCAGACCCCUGAAAGAUGCUCGAUUCCAGCUGGUCAAUUUCUCAGACAACGAGCUGCGUGUGUCGUUAUCCAACGUGUCUCUCUCAGAUGAGGGAAGAUACGUGUGCCAGCUCUAUACAGACCCCCCACAGGAAGCCUACGCCGACAUCACUGUGCUAAUCCCACCAGGAAACCCAAUCAUAGAGUCCCGUGAGGACAUCGUCAGCGAGGGCAACGAGACGGAGAUAACCUGCACCUCCAUGGGCAGCAAACCUGCCGCAACGAUCAGAUGGAUGAAAGGAGACAAAGAGCUACAGGGCAAGUCUAAAGUGGAGAACACUUACGACAGGAUGUUCACUGUGACAAGCUGGCUGAGGUUUACGGUCACGAGAGAGGAUGAUGGGGUUCCUGUGGUUUGCAUUGUAGACCAUCCAGCGGUCAAAGACUUCCAGGCGCAGAAGUACCUGGAAGUGCAAUAUAAACCUGAGGUGAAGAUCGUGGUGGAGUUUCCUUCAGGCCCGAUUAGAGAGGGGGAGAAUCUGGAAUUGACUUGCCGGGCUAAAGGCAAACCAGAGCCUCAACAGGUGAAUUGGGUGAGGGUGGAGGACGACGUGCCAUCUCACGCGGUUAUCACUGGCUCAGAUCUCUUCAUUGAGAACCUGAACAAGUCCUACAACGGCACUUACCGAUGUGUGGCGUCCAACUCUGUGGGUGAAGCCUAUGAUGACUACAUCCUUUUUGUGCGAGAUGCCCUUACCACAACCCCUAAACCCACAACCACCACCACCACCACCACCAUCUCCGCCACAACCUCCCCUCCAGACAUCAUACAAGACGCUGCGCCCAGCACUGAAGCCGCAGCUCACGAUUCACAAGCAGGAACAGAAGCACAGAGAUCGUUGGACCAUGCGGUUAUUGGAGGCGUAGUUGCCGUCGUGGUCUUCGCCAUGUUGUGUCUUCUCAUCGUUUUGGGACGAUACUUUGCAAGACACAAAGGCACCUACUUCACACACGAAGCCAAGGGGGCAGACGACGCGGCGGACGCCGACACAGCCAUCAUCAACGCCGAAGGGGGCCACAACAACUCGGACGAGAAGAAGGAAUACUAUAUCUGAGUCCCGAGGCCUCUGUUGUUCUUAAUAUUUUCUUUUGUUUUGUUUUUUGGCGGGAGGGGGUGGGGCAUGGGGGAACUGAGAUUUCAGAGUUUUUGUUGAUUUGUCCGUUUGUUUGAUUUUCUUUCCUGGGGAUUGAAUGACGUAGAAUGCUACACGGGCAGCUGAGAAGAUGUAGGUAUUUGUGUUAUACAGCGGGAUCGGGGUCAGGGGUGGGGUUUAGGGGUGGGCGGGAUACCAGACGUUGCCAGAAAUGAGUGUAGAAAGCGGCACCACACAGCACCUCCCCAACUGCUGGUAUUUUUCGUUCAUUUCUCGACCAUUUGCAGAGAAUUCUGUGCCUUGUUCUGAAUUUCUUUUCUUAGUCAUGCUUUAAACGCCAUUGAUCAUGUCACACCUCUAAAGCCCCCCUCCCGAAACACACACACACACACACACACACACCAUCGUCAUCUUCGAUUAUCAACAUGCUGUCGGCUUUCCUAUGAAGGUACAUGAGUGCACACCUCAAAACAUUCCCCUACACUGUGGGCAUCUCCUUCAAUACACCAUAUCCUCUGUACUAAGAGCAGGCCUAGUCACAUGACAACAUUUUGAUUUACUCAAUCCCAGGUCAUCAGCAUCAUGAAGGGAAGUACAAGCAGCUUCCAUCCUUCCUGUCCCCCAACAAUUUGAUGAGACCGGUGAAGAAGUGAUUCUGGAAGUUGCACCUGUUUUCAUUUUGACAGGAUUGCGGCAGUCUGCUUUUAUUUUCUGUUUACUUCAUUUACUUGUUUUUUUUUUCGUUUUUCAAUUAUACUAUAUGUGCCAGUACAUUUGAAGUUCGAAAUGGGCAGAGGUGCAGACGAACGGUUCCUGCUACUCUGCACCUACGGAGGCUUAUCGUCUCAUUCUGCCUAGACAGACACAGCCGAAAGCCCUUGCAGUUAUUUAUUGUUUCGAUAUAAUGAUGUCUUAGGUUUUGUCUGCAUUUUCAUCCAGAAACGCACAUGCCAUAAUGACGAAAGAGUCGCUGUCACUGAAAAAGGUCUAAAUGCUGUGGCUUACGUUUUGUUUUCUUGCUUAUGCUGUAAUUUUCCACGCAGGGCUGCUGAAGGUGAGCCUCUAGCACACGUAAAUAACUACCUAAAAUUGUGUCAAAGCGAGACGUUUUCUGGUUUUCGAGUCUGUUUAGCCAGACUCAAGGGAGGAAGCGCCACAACCAUCAUGUUUGUAGAUGUACAGAGAGGGAAGAUUUGGAAAUGAUUUGAUUACUAUAACUUUACUACCUUAAAAUGCAUUUUAACAGCCAAAAAAAACACAAAAAAACAUCUGCAUUUGUAUAUCUCGUUUGUAGGUGAGUCAGUGAGGAUGUGACAUUGAUGUUAAGCAGUCCAACAAGUGUGUAAUGGUAUAUGAUUGCCUGUCAAGUUAAUUGCCUGUUUGUUCUUCCUCAGAGGAAACUGUGGCAAUUGCAGCUAGCUUAUCCUAGUGAUAUUAGUACAUGAAUAUAAAACUGCCCAAAUAUCCUAGACUCCAUGGUGCGAAAAAGCACCACAGCAAAAUAAUUUCCACUUGAAGUGUAAACAAUGUGUGUUUUAUUGUUUAUAAUUGCUGUGAGUUGCUCCUCCGGGUUUCCUGCUUAUACAUAAUAGUCCUGGGCUUAAAAUGAGGUUAGUUUGAAUGGAGAGUGAAACAAACAGUCUUUAUUACCGAUACUGUUAAGAAAAAAAAUUGAAAAAGCUUUUAAUAACAUUCCAAAUAUUUUAAGAAAACAGUCUGAUGUAAUUAGCCGCAUAUGUGGAUUUUCCCCUAUAUUUACAGUCGUUGUCAACACAUGACGCUAACCAAAAAGCUCUGCCGACACGCUCAAGUAUCAUGCUCUCUUCGCUCCUGUGAACACAUUAGACAUUUCACUGAAGCCUAGCUACAAACGUAGCACCCGUUAAGGGUACAUAAUGUAAGGUGGUUAAGUACUUUUCCUAAAGAGAAGCAUUUCUUCACAUUUCCUCAUGACUCUCGCUGUAGUGUAAGUGAAUUUAGACGCCAUAGUUUAGACCCUGCUGAAACCAACCUCAGUGUGUAAAUAAAACGGCGAGGUUGAGGGGGAAAACACACUCUUGUUUGCUUUAUUUUCUUAUUCAAAAAAAAAAAAAAAAGAAAGAAACACAAGCAUCUUUUGAGACGUUUUAGAGUAUGUUCAUUAACCAUGAGAAACACUUUGGAUGCGUUUGUUUUUACGUAGAAUACAAAUCAGAGGGAAUGUCUUGCAGCUUGAUGGUUACCGUCGCAGUUGAGAUAUACAGUUGUGUGGCUUGUGCUUAACUAGUGAGCAUCAUUUAGCUUUGGUCUGGCAGCUUCUGAACAGGAUUUCAGACAUCCCUUCUCCUCUUUUGCAUAUGUGAGAGACAUGACAUCAGUAUACUAAUUUGUGGUAUUUAGACUGGGCCGAUGUACAUUUUGUUCAACUUGUUAUGUUAGACCUGUUUUAAAUGUGAUUAAUGUGGUUUAAUCCACUCUACUAGGCGUUUGAGGACUUCAGAUAGACGUCGAUGGGAAGACACGGAUAGUCAUCUGUUUCUUGUACAGCAAGUCGAAAAAGGUUUAUUGAAAGUGUCCAAAUAUAACAACUUGUUUUGCGAUGUGAAUUGGGUUUGGUUUCAAUUUUGUCAUUUCUGUUGUUGUGUUUGUUGUUUUCAUUGAUUUGAUAGUGCAACAGUGUUAAUGAUGGAACUUGAUUUCUUUCAUUUGAACUUGACAGUUUUAUUUAAGCCCUGUCUCAGGUUCACGUACAAUAAACAGCAUGUUUGCAUCUCAGGUAGAAUGCAAAGUUACGGCCCCCGAUUAAGAAAGUGGAAAUAUAAAUCUAGCUGGAUUUCAAAUCAAAUAGAGAAUUUUACAUUUGAACUACAUGUUUUUUUAGUUUUGUUGUCGUUUAUUUUGUGCACUGUAAAACGUGUACGUAAUGUACAUGGUAUGUUGAGUAUUAUAUUUCUUUAGACCUACUUUCACACAGAGAGGACAGUAAAGGACCAACCCGAUCUCAUGAGAAAACGUAAUUAUUUUACAAGUUUUUUGAAAAAGAAACAAAAACUAAGCAUGAUAGUUUAAAACUCUCCUUCAGUGGGGCGUAAGCAGAUCAUAUGAAAACGUACGAAGUGAGGUUAUACGAAAUCACCCCCAAUUAACCAAAACAUAAAAUAGUUACGAAUUGCCAUGAGAGUGCGUUGGGGAAAACAGGUACUAAUUGGAAUUCAAAGUUGACAUGUUUCUCGCUGUGGUUCCAGAUAGGUUGGAAAGUUUUGAACGUUUAUCAUUCAUUGUUUUUAGGUUGGUUAUUUUUUGUCUUUCUGCUGUACUUGGGCAAUGUUACUGUGUAUUAAUGAAGAAAAAUGAUAUCCACAUUCCCAUACACAUUUUGUAUUUGUUCAUAUUAGACAUUUUUACAAAAAAAAAAAAAAAUGGAGAGUUCUUGUCUUAAUAAAAAAGAAAAGAUAUUAAUGUUCAAAGUAA